CGUCGACAGGGAAAUGCCCCGGCAUCACGAUUCGCGUUCCUCCUUGUUUCAGCUGGACCUGAGACUUCAGAGUGAAGAAGGCGGAGACCUGAGCAGCUUCAUCGCCAACGGAGAAUGGGACCUCCUUGGUGUGCCCGGAGUGAGGAACUCGAUCACGUACGCGUGCUGCCCGGAGCCGUACAUAGACAUCACCUUCACCAUCCACAUCCGAAGAAGGACAUUGUAUUAUUUCUCGAAUCUGAUCGUCCCUUGCGUGCUCAUCUCAUCCAUGGCUCUUCUCGGUUUCACUCUUCCGCCCGACUCCGGGGAGAAACUCACGCUCGGUGUGACGAUCCUUUUGUCCCUGACCGUGUUUCUGAACAUGGUCGCUGAAACGAUGCCUUCCACAUCGGACGCCAUCCCAUUAAUAGGUGUGCUAAUCCUCCUGUCGCUGACCCUUUACCAGCAAAUGCUGUGCGAGAAGUUCUUGCCGCAUAGUUCGGAAAUGCAACCCCUCAUAGGGACGUAUUUCAAUUGUAUCAUGUUCAUGGUGGCGUCGUCUGUGGUGCUCACUGUCUUGGUGCUCAACUACCAUCACAGGAACCCGGAAACGCACGAAAUGGCCACUUGGUUGAAGGUGGUAUUUCUGCAAUGGUUGCCGUGGAUCCUGCGGAUGCACCGUCCGGGGCGAACGAAGCUCACCCGGAAGACGAUCAUGCUCAACUCGAAGAUGCGGAACUUGGAACUGAAAGAACGGUCGUCGAGGUCCCUUCUGGCCAAUGUGCUGGACAUCGACGACGACCUCCGCCACCAUCCGGCUCUCACCUUCAACAGUGGGAGCAUCGGAAUGAGGAUCACGGGGAACUCCAUCGACGAUUCCUCCUCGUCCUACCAGUCCUGCGUAGGGGCUCAGCGGGAGCUCAUGAUGAUCCUCAAGGAGCUCCGAUACAUCACGGCCAAGAUGAGAAAACAGGAAGAGGAUCAAGAUACGAUCAGCGAUUGGAAAUUCGCCGCCAUGGUCGUGGAUCGAUUCUGUCUCAUCGUCUUCACGCUCUUCACGAUCGUCGCUACCAUCACCGUUCUCUGCUCGGCUCCCCACAUCAUCGUCCAAUAGCGACAUUUUCAUCUCGAUCCCACAUCAUCGUAAUUGCACGUCCCAUCCUCGUAACUUCAUCCGACGAGAAGAGCUCUGAGUGAUGAUCGUGCCUGCACGCGAAUUAAAAAGCAAUUCCAUCUCCGGAAGACUUUCCCUAAUUGCUUUCAUGCAUUGACCGCGUUCAAUGGAUGUAGAAACUUAUUGUUCCCUCAUCUAGGCAUUUCUGGGAACCGAGUUCUCACCUUUCUCACCCUAAAAGCCAUAGCUGGAAGCACGCGGUCUCGGGAGAAUCGUCGACGAUCACCCCAAGUGAAUCGGGACGGGCCGUUCCUCCGAAGACUUUGGAGACGUGGACGAGAUGCAGCAAUACGUUCGAAGGGCAGAGUUGGGCGUGUGAACGUGUCCGUUUGUGCUCAAACGUCGUCACGCGCCAUCUUGUGAUAUCAGCCCUCUCCCGUCGAGAGAAUCUCGACACGAACCGACCGGUCGAGCGAUCGCCCAGCGGCAGACGCUCGAGUCCCGCUCGAUCCCGUUGUGUUUCCAUAUAUACUGUAGGAGUUGGUCGGUUGCGUUCGGUUGAGAGAAUCCCCUUUUCUAUCUCUCCCACAUUCCUCUACUCGAUCUCCCCAUCUCUAUUUCUAUCUUAUCUGUCUCUCUCUCUCUCGACCGACUUUGAAAUGGAACUGAAGUGAAAGUGUAAGUGCAAGCAGACGUUUCUUCCUCUCGUUGAUUCACAUGUCGUAUUUCCUAUGGAAAAAUAUUAUCUGCCAGGGAAUUUCGUAGACUGUCUCUCGUCCCCUAAAGGCUAGUCGAUCGUAGCGAAGGGAAACCCGAAUCUUCAACUGGAUCGGACUUUCUGUCGGAAAAACUUUAUUUAAUCCGGAUCUCGGUUGGAAGAUUCCCACCGAAGACGAAUGAGAAUUUUAGACCGCAGAAAUAGUAGGAGAUGCGGCAGGAUGUCCUUCAUUUUCUUCGCGUGCCAAGCACUUCCAGAUUCUUUCACAUCUCAACGUUUCCUUUCUCGUUCUUCUCACAUAUCAUUCUGAAUUUUUCCAUUCUACGAUGUCAAGAAUUGUAAGGACUCCUUGCAUCGACGACGUGUGAAACCGAGAACCUCGCGUCUCGGCAUCAUACGGCUGCUCAUCUUGCUCGAAAACUAUCGGCGCGACCUGAAGGACAAUUUUGCUCUUUUUGCACCUCCAUUGCUCAAUCUCAUUAGGAUCAAUGGAUCAUUCCAGUGCACACAGAUGAAUGGAAGCGUCUCUUAAGCCAAACGUUUGUCUUCCACACCCUGAAACAAAUGAUGAUGGUGAUGAUGAUGAUGACGAUGACGAUGGCGGACAUAACCGACAAUCUUGACAAGAUAGAAGGGGAUUUGUUGCCGUGAAGACAGUUUUCAUUCCAUU